AUGAGAAAAAGUAAAGGUGGGCGCAAAGUCAAAGAAUCAAAACCCUAUGGGUCACGGCCGAUUUUUGAAGUCCAGUUCAUGAAAUGGGUGUAUGACUGGGAGGCAAAAGUGUUCAAGGACCGAUUGCUGUGUCCGAAAAAUCUCACCUACGUUUACAAUCAGGACCAGUUUCAUCUCAUCAGUGAAAUUAUAGACGGCUAUCACCAACGAUACAGCGAGCAGGUUGGUCAAGAUAGGUUUGUGUGGACUACAUUUGCCUGUGUGAUUAUCAAAGAACAUCAGGUACAGAACUUCAGUCUCCGACCUGACGAUUGUCACAUCAACAGGUAUCUCUAUAUUUUAUUGAUCGUUGGUUUUUAUUUGAGACUCGCAUGUUCCGAACUAGUCAAAGAAAUUUUAAGAGAAAUUAUCACAUGUACUGGAAAUUUACGAUUCAUGUUUUCAUUUCUCCCAGGUAUUAGUGUUCGUUUGUAUUCAUCUCUUGUUUGGUCACACUCUUCACUGUUUGAAGAUAAAUUGUGUAGAGACUACUUCAGUCUCAUUGAUGGCGACACUACUUCUAUGAGCACCCAGUACAAGGAUGUGUUUAAAUAUUCCCAACCAUUCCUGGUGUACCUAGUUCAGCAUUUGACACCUCUACAUUCACGUAAGAAUCCUGCAUCCAUUACGCUUCGUCAAAUUUUAAACAAAGCAGUUUUGCCAGACAGGAAAUACACCUUGUUGACUCUGGCAGUUCACUACCACGAUGAAAUCUUGGUCAAAAGCCUCAUUGAUCUUGGGGCGUCUGCUGACCUUUUUUACUGGGAUCAUGUGAUAGGAACCACCAUAUCGGCUGAAAGAAUCAUGAUUGCCUCGAUCAACAGCAUCAUUGGGUCUCGCCAGUUCCUUCUCACUGUCAUCCAUAUUUUUGAAGAACUCAUGGAGUACAUGGACGCACUUGUCAGUGUCAUCAGCUCUUACGCUCCACUUAUUCGGCGUUCAGUUUACCGAUCAAUUCAGAGAAAAGCCAACAAUACCUGGAGUAGUGAAAGCAGUACAUAUGAACUGAAUCGUGAAAUUGCAGACUUGUGGGGUAUUGGCUUUGACCGACCUUUCCCGUCACUGCAGCAUAUAUGUAGAAUAAAAAUCAGACAGGAGAUUCUGGCGGCUGACAAAGUUUUGCUGUCAGAAGCUGUCGUCCAGCUUCCGCUACCGAAUAAACUGCUGCAGUAUCUCUUAUUACAGUUUGAUUGA